UGUCAAACUAAUGAACCCCUUCCCAUUAUCUGUAUUUCGCAUUUCUAAACCUCCCUGUAGGAAAUUAUUUAUAGAAAUCCAUCACUGGAGUCAACUAAUAGUCUACACCAUAACUUCGGUGGGCCUAGUGCCCGGAUAAUAAUCACGUGCGACACCAGAUGAUAAGCUGGCUGCGAGCUGUGGCCGUGGUCUGUUCACGUCAGUCACGCGUGAAUAGACUGAUGAUGCAUACGGACUGUACCGACAGAUCAGGAUACCAACCGAUUGGAGCGAUUAGUGCAGAUCGUGCAAGCGACGGCAUGGGCAUCGCUGGGUGAAAAACUGCCAGUCAGCAAUGGAAAACCUCUCAGCAGGAAAUGAUCCUACUGGACCGAGCACAACCGAGGAUGUGGAUGGGCACUUCGAACGCCGCGAGAUGGUGGGGAUAGUGAUAUCGGCUGUAGUUCUGGUGCUUAUCAUUCUCUUGUCUAUUUUGGGGAAUCUUUCCGUGAUUAUUGCAAUCCUGAAGACCCCCCGUCUGCGGGAGAAAACAUCCAACGUGUUCCUGAUCAACUUGAGCCUGACCGAUCUGAUGAAUGCCACCCUGGUGAUGCCCAGCGCCUGGGUCUCGUUGAUAGCAGACGGUUGGUUCAUGGGUUCGUCCUGGUGCUACGCCCAGUGUGCCUUCAACUACUGGUUUAUCAUAGUAUCCAUGUUAACCCUCUCCAUGAUCAGCAUCGAUGGGUACUAUGCUGUCUUACACCCGAUGCAUUACGUGACUAUAAUCACGCCUAAAGUGACUAAACUUGCUAUCGGCUACGCUUGGCUACAAGGGUGUGUAUUUGCUUUGAUACCCGUCUUCUACCAGUGGGUAGUAUACGAUUAUUGGGAAGUUGUUUGCGCCAUUAACUGGGAUAAAUACAGUCAGGAAGGAGGUCUAACCUACGUCAUUCUCGCUUUUUUGUUUUGCUUCCUCAUUCCGGCCAUCGUCAUGACGUUUUGCUACACCAAGAUUUGCCGCGUUGCUCACGAGAAGGCGGCGGGCCCUGAAGGUGGCGGUAAAAAUAACCGCCAGCCCAUCAACGACAAGAGAGUCAUUCAGAGCUUGGCCUUAGUAGUGGCCGUCUUUUUCCUCUGCAUGACUCCGUUCUGCAUCACAAAACUCAUCAAGAUCUGUACCAACACCAAGGCAUUGCCAUCCUAUCUCUACCUGGUGUCGGCUUUAUUCGGCUACCUUGCCAGCGCGACCAACCCUUUCAUUUAUGCCAUAUUUCGGCGGGACUUCCGCCGGGCCUUCAAGCACGUUCUCUGCCGGAGGCGCAUCUUCCCGGGCCGAGUCAACCGCAGCCUCUCAGACGGAACGAGAAUGAGCAUCACCGACACCAGACGGCGAAGACCCAGCCAGCCAGCUCCCAGCAUCCUCAUGGUGGCCGAGAAGACAGAAGGCCCAAUCUCGGUGCCGAAUAGGGUGACAAACUGUGCAUCGGAGCAGACAGCUAACGAAGGCAAUGUCUAACGUAGCAUUCGUACUCCGAAGAAAAUAUGUAAUGUAGCAGAUUGAUUUACAAAGAGGAAUUUUCGAAUAAACGAAUCCUUGCUUCCCGCUCAUUGCUAUAAUGAAACACUCACAAUGCUACCGGGGGGGGUUAAAAGUUAUCAACUUCUGCAAGCGAAGGAUCUCAAGUGCUUGAAGGGCGCGAAGCGAAAGAAUUAGAUAAUGUGAAACGACCAGAAUUGUUAAAAUAUAAUAUGAUUUUACAUAAAUAUAAAAUUUUGUGUAAAUUUAAGUUUUGUGUUUGUUAGUAAUGUAAGUAGACAAUUUCAAACAACAAACAGUUAUGAAAUUAAAGACCAUAAGAAAUGACAAUCGUAUUACUGUCAAACAGGCAAGUUAGUUUUCUGAAAAUCAUCACCUUAUGCUUUAUUGUACUGCAAGGGACAUUGUUGACUUUUUGACUUCUCAACCGCUCGUGGAGUGCUGUGGUCGCGUAGCUAAGAGCACUCGGUUCAUAGUCGACGGGUAAAGCCGCAGGUUGCGGGUUCAAAUCCAGCCCGGGGUCAUUGCGCGUUCCCUUUUGGGCAAGGCACUUUGUGACUCCAAGCAAGAUGGGGGUCGUGACUCUUUUUGGGAAGGGUUCAGAGCACUCAAUAUCAGCAACAGUUCAUGCGGGUUCAAUUCCAAGGAAAUCGGCCAUUUACAUCUCCGUUUCCCAUUUUGUUCAUUCCUCUGUCUUUUUUUCAUUUUGCUCUUUUCUUUUUUUUUGCCAAAAGGGGCAGAUGUUCUUUCUUGACUUCCCCACCACGCUUACGCUCAGGAAGAAAACCGAAAAUGGUUCAGGAUGUUUUCAUUUUCUGCUUUGGUAUCGGAAAGCGGCGUUUACAGGUGGACAAAAUAUGUGAUCCUUUUCUGAAUUUUCUCCUCUGGGAGAAGCAAAAAGUUUUCCCACGCAUGUCUGCUUCAUAAAUACCAGAAGAGCAGAUUUUACUUUUUGUUCUCCAUAAUCCCGGCCUACGCGAUUUUCUAGAGCAGGCACUAUGCGCUCAGUGCCGUAUCCAGCAGGGGGCAUGGAAGGGCAACUUGCCCUCUGACAAAAAAUACUUCAUAUGUGAGUAGGAAAGAAAGUAAUACCGGUAUUUUUAUUUAUCAAAUGUUAGCACCCAAACCCUAAGAAAACAGCACCACAAAGUAAAACUGUGAGUAACGCUUUUGAUUCCCCCAACAUCAUGUUGAAUGAGCCCGAAGCUGCAUUCGCUUUUGAAGUUUUCCCCACCCACGACACCAAAAGCCGGAUACGCCGCUGUGUGCACUGAUCAACAUGAAGUCUAAUUAUCCAAAAAGGUCGAAGGAUGUAAGCUAUCACGCCAUGGAUGGUGCACUUUGCCUAAGGUGUUGAUUGCAUUGCCUUCAAAUGGAAACAAAAAGCAAUCAUGUCCUCUCUGGUUUGGAAAAGAAAAUGAUAAAGUUGAAGUCAAAGAAACGCUAAAUUCGACUGGCUUCUUUUACACUGGCAAUCCCAAAAGUUAAAAGAUAGGAGUACAAGAAUUGUAUCUUUCUUCUUUUCAGGCUAAUUGUCCAUCGUGGAUUAAUUCUGGUUUGCCCGCCAAGGUCGACACGCGCAAGUGAAGAUUCACUGCGUGUUACUCGCCGCCAGCUCGGCUUUUGAGCCCAGGUACUAGACAAUCUCCUUUGGCCCAUUUUUAUCCGUGGAAGAAAAAUAUUCAGGCUAACCGUCAGCUAACAACGAAAUGUAAGACAUGAAUGCAACCUUAAAAAUUUUUCCGGGUGAUCCACAAUAAAUCUGCGUGGCGCCAAAGCAAUUCAGCCAGAGGGGGGGGGUCUGUUUAUGGUGCAGGCAAUCUCACGCUACUUGACUCACUCCAUGGGUACGGAAAUUGCAUGUAUGUAACAGAUCUUUUCCUAAAUGGCACAACAUUAAAUCAACCCAGGCAAGACCAAAGUGAUGCUUCAUUAUACGACAACCGAUUAAAAACGCUCAAUCUACCCGUCUCGCGGAAUUUGAUCAGUCAUGGAUGUGCUUUUUUUGGGGGGGGGAGGGGAACUCGUAGUGCUUAAAGGAAUGAGAACUUGACAGUUAUAGAUCCCUGCAAAUUAAAUCGACCGAUUAACUGAAUUCUGUUGUGGUCGUUGCAUUGGAAUGGCAUCGCUUAAUUCUUCUCCCGUCUUUGUUUCUGUCGACCGAACGUCAUCACCUUUAAAGGCAUGGAUAAAAAAUGUUAAAUAACAAUUAAAACAACACCAUCUUUUGCACCCAAAUUACCAUGAUUAUGUUUAAAUGACGUUAUAUUCAUAAUGUCAUUGUUCACUACUUUAAAAACAUUCUCUUGACUUUCUUCAAUAUUAACGUUUACACUAUAUAUGUCUAUUAUCCUCCACGUAAACUAAUAUCCACUCUCAGAAGUGCACUUGCGAGCUGUAAUUUACCAUGCUGAGUGAUUUUAGCUUUAUCAGCGGCGGUGAUUUCAAUUGACGAUGAUUUAUGAGCCGGUGAAACCUUUCGGUCGCGGUCAGGAUUUUGGACUUUCCAAAUUGAAUAUAGCCUUUAUACGGAGACAAACUACGCCCUAUUUUUUCCUCCGGCUCACUGGGGAAAAUUUGACAAACACACACCUUCAGUGUAUUUGCUAAAAUCAGAAAAAGAGUCUUUCCUGUUUUUUUUCUUUUCGAUGGAAACGGCAAAUUUUCCCGAGUAGAAUGCACUCUGGAUUUCAGUAGGAGGUUAGAAUGGGAAGUCCGAACGAGAGCAAACAGGGUAAGGUACACAAAUCUACGGACACCGCCAUGGUCUCCGAGGCAACAAGCUGUUGAGACGACCACAUAAUAGCGCUCAGUCAUUAGCUGGAAAUCGAAUGAUUCAGUGGCACCCCUCACGGAGACAUGAAAGGUUGUAUUUGUACAAAUGUAAACACGAUCUUCCAACUUUGUUGUGGAUUUAACGGAAAGGCCCUUGCUCAAUGUGGUUUAAAUGUUGAAAAAAAGUACUGCAUAUAAUUUUUAUUUCGAGUGAAAACAAGGCAUGUUAAUGUGUCAAGCCUGCUUAAUGAAAUCAGCCUUGAAAACGAAUUCAUUUCGGAAAAAGGUGUAAAUAUAUCAUGAAGCAAACAUCAUGCCAACGAUCAAUUGAACAGACUGGUAAAGUGCGGUUUUAUAGUCUUUUAGGCGAUUGGUGUCAAAGGAAGAACACGCAAAUAGGGCGGAAAAGGCUGGAGCUGUUUCGGACCUACUCUCACAGCAAAAAAGUAGCUUUGAAGCAAUCACCGCGAGUUAGCUUUCCACUCACUCAAACGAAAAGGUUUACUUGAUUGGUUGAUGUGGGCCUAUACAGCCAAAAUCCAUUUCGGGAUUUUACGGACCAACGCAUGUGUGGCGUAAAUGGAUGAGACAAAAUGCAUCCCCACGGGUAUGUUGCAGUUAGGACGUUUAUGUCCAGGGUAAUGAAACGGGGGGGGGGCUGCAGUGCGUUAUAGCCAGAUUGAAAACACUUCCUACAUCUCUAAAAACGUCUCUGUGCAAAAUUUUCAAAUGAUUAAUUCUCUUUUUUUUAAUGAAUAUAUACGUGGAAUUGUUGAAACCGAUAACUAACAGAUUUACACCUAAUUGUAACUGAAUUGUCAUCUAUUGCGAUAUUUUCUGUCAGCGCAAACAUUUAUAUCAAUUCCACCUGUCAAAAAGGUUUAUAUAUUCAUGAUAAUGAAUUCACAUUUUUUCCAAACACCAGACUACACGGGAUAAAGGCUAUUUGUAACAUUUCAUUUGCUAUAAAGUAUGUUGUUUAUACUAGUAACAUUUAAAUGGAGAUGUCACAUAGUGUCCUUGAUGCAAUGGUUAUUUUUGAUUUAUUUACGGUUUAUGUUGUGUGAAAAUCCCCAGAAAAUUCUCACUAUUAGUUUAAGUGAAUGCAUUUCCCUCAGAAACCUUGUGUCGUUAAAUCUAAAACACCAACAAAAAGAUAAAUAAACAAAAUUAGUGGCAUGCGCCGAAAAAAAACGCAUCAAAAUAUUCUUGUCUCCACGGACAAGUUCAUUCCAUUAUUGUUCACCCUCUGGCAAUAAACACACAGAGUCAAGUGCGCACUUAGCACCUCGUCGCUUAUUCCCCAUCACCGCCCUUUCAGGGCGCUGGGAAAGGGCAAAUGUGACUUACAAGCUUCCUGCGCACGCGUCACGCGGAAGUGCUGAACGCUGCGUGCUUUUGCUGAAAUGCAAUUUAUCCCCCAAACCUACGUCAUACACAUCAAAAUUGCUGCAAUACGUGACUUCGCUCGUCGCCCAGCGCUCGAACAGGGCCGCUAGGAAGGGCUGAUGGCCUUGCACAGA